AUGAUUUUGCAAGUUCUCCUGGCAUUCGCAACGCUGGGGCUUGCUGUCGACUAUCCAGUCGUCUCUUUGUUCAUUCCAAACGCCGACCCUCAGCCGUUGUUGGGUGAAGUGUUGGCAGCGCAAUCAGCAACAACUACGUACAGCAUCAAUUGCCCACCCAGCAACACCAAUAGCACACAAUGUGGCAUGGGCCCUGGACUCUUUUUGACCUCAGCCCCAACUAGUGUCGAAUACUUGAUAAGUGCUGAAGCUGACAACGUAUAUAAUCACGUUGUCUGCGUUGUGACCGAUCUCCCGACGGGGGCUUAUACUUGUACAGACACUGUUACAGGGAACGGGCCGGACACGCCCGGCACCAGCACUUCAACAAUCGGUUGGGACCAGAUAACGCUAUUGCCGGUUACCAUAACUUCUACUGCUGAUGCAGUCUUAGCAACAGCAAAUGCCGAGUCAACUGCUAAAAAUGCUAGUCAAGUUCUGCCAGGUAGCCAGGCGUCACCCGCUGCCGCUGCUACCACUGCUGCUGCUGCUGCUGCUGCUACCACCAUCGACGCUUCGCCCACUGCUCCUGCCACCACGGUUUCAGCAUCACCAACUGCUGCUGAUACCGCCAUGGCCACUACCCCCGCGGCGGGUGCGGCUGUAAGGUUGAGCCCUACUAGUCUCGUAUUAGCUUGUGCUGCAGCCCAGGCUCUGGUAGUAUUACUACUUUGA